AUGGCCUCAUUGGGCCUCGUCAGCGCCUUGCCCCAUGCCGAGCAGCUCGCCCCCAUCCGCCGCGGAUGUCAGGUCUCUAACGAUGGUGUCAUCUCUGAUACUGCCUUCCAGCUGUCUGACAAGACUAUCCGUCGCCAGAACUACCCCAGCAACUUCACUGUAGAUGUCAACUUCCACAUCGCCAGCACUGAGGCCCAAUCGGAUCUUGUCACUGACGAGAUUGUUGACGCCCAGUGGAAAGUCUUGCACGACACCUACGCGAAGUACAACAUCAACCUGCGGCUUAACUCGACCGAGCGCGUUGUUGACAACCUUACGGGAUCGGCUUUCCUCAUCAACGAGGGAAACGGCUGGGAAUAUCACGAGGAGGAGUACAAUGCCUACCUCAAGGCUACCCGCAAGGGUGGAUAUGACGCCAUGAACCUGUACUUCUACAGCAGCUACUCACCCGGCGCGACGGGUCGUUGCCAGUUCCCCACGGUCAUUACGGACCCUGACAGCUUGACCUUCUACUUGGACUCCUGCCAGAUCAGCGCUAUGACCAUGCCAGGCUUCACCGUCGACCAGGGCGGCUUUGAGGAAUGGAACCAGGGUCAUAUCGCUGUCCACGAGGCCGGCCAUUGGUUCGGUCUCAACCACACUUUCGCUGGCGGCUGCUCUGACAACCCGGGUGACUUUGUUGCGGAUACACCUGCCCAGAGGUGGGAGGUAUAUGGCUGUCCUACCGACUCGGAUACCUGCCCGGAUCUUGCUGGCCUGGAUCCCGUUCACAACUUUAUGGGCUACACGGCAGAUGCUUGGUGA